AUGACGUUUGACAGUUUACUUGACAUGGAUAACGAUUCUCCACUUUUGGAUCAAUAUCAUAACUACGACCAUCCUCCCAAGAAUGGUAUUUUGAUUUUUUACACAUUUGGAACAUCCUACACAUUCUACACCCGCUAUUCAACUUUACAUUCCUUACUCAACUCUACCUACCCAUUUAUUUUAAUUAAUUUAAUCAUGAGUUUAUCGUUUCUAUCGGCUUGCUCACUAUGUUUUGUGAGUUUUCUAAACGCUUUAAAUGUUUUUUCAAUUCUAAAUCCUUCGCUUUACCUGCUAAAUCUAGUCCAAGGAUUUUUUGGCCUUUUGAUAAUUGUAUCCACCGGUGAUGGUUAUUCCUUUUUGGAGAAUUACAGCAAUGUCGUUGAGGCUUACAUGGGAUUUCUGAGCGUUAAAAGGGGCAGGGGGAUCUUCUUUGUUCUUGUUGCUCUCUUAUCGUACACCCUAGUUACUCUUUCGACUUUGUACUACGUUGAACUCCUUGUCUUUGUAGUUUUAGCCAUUUUAACCCUCGUUUAA